AUGGCUUCCACACCGAAGAAGGGCCUCGCUGGGAAGGCUGCGCUUCCCAAUGCCUCGAAACAAACCUCUCGUGGCGAUCCGUCCAAACCGCCCGGUGUUCAGGAUGAAAAGGCAGAGGAACUUGAGGCCGAGUUCAAGACCAAGCAUCUUGGUGUGAUGGGUGUGCUCUUUUGGAUCUUGUUGAUACACCUUGCCGGCAUCUACUUUUUCACAAAGGGUUUCCUCCUCACGCGGAUGGUCCUCGAAAACAAAUCCUCAUGUCAAUUCCUUCCUUUCGACGACGCCUCCGCUCAAGAAAUCGCACCGGCAAACAAGCAAGAAGGCGGCUGCUGGCAUCAGAAGUCUUUCGACAAGGCUGUUGUCAUUGUCAUCGAUGCUCUGCGAUACGACUUCACGGUUCCUUUUGCCCCCAAGGAUGAGAGUGAAUCCGCCCACCUCUUCCACGAUAAUAUUCCCGUUCUCUACGAGGUUGCUAUCAAAAAUCCCGCCAAUGCCUUCCUGCUGCCCUUCAUCGCCGACGCGCCAACUGCCACCCUGCAACGUCUGAAGGGAUUGACGACCGGAACUCUGCCUACUUUCGUCGAUGCUGGCUCUAACUUUGCUGGUACUGCGAUUGACGAGGACAACUUGGUUGCCCAGCUGCAUAGUGCUGGAAAGACCCUGGUUCAUCUUGGCGACGAUACCUGGCAAGCUCUGUUUCCGGGAUACUUCGAUGCCAACCUGACCCACCCGUACGAUUCCUUCAAUGUGUGGGACCUGCACACUGUCGACAAUGGCGUCAAUGAGCACUUGUUCCCUCUCCUUCGCCCGGAGAACAAGUCGAAGUGGGAUGUUAUCUUCGGUCAUUACCUCGGCGUUGAUCAUGCUGGUCACCGAUAUGGACCAAACCACGCGGCUAUGGCUGGCAAGCUGCAGGAAAUGGACCGUGUCAUCCGUGAUAUCAUCGCCGCCCUGGACGAUGAUACUCUGCUUGUUGUGAUGGGUGACCACGGAAUGGAUAUCAAGGGUGACCACGGUGGUGAAUCUGACGACGAAGUUGAGGCUGCUCUCUGGAUGUAUUCCAAGCGAGCAGCUUUCGGUCGUACCAGUAGAGAGACUCUGCAGCCACCGAAGCACGCGAAGGAACGCCCGAUUCCUCAGAUUGACCUGGUCCCGACGCUCGCGUUGAUGCUUGGAAUUCCUAUCCCGUUCAACAACCUUGGCUCUCCCAUCGAAGAAGCCUUUGCCGGUCCCAGCGGCAAUGACUGGGGCAACCUGGCCACCGUUGGCCGCCUUACCGCGGCUCAGAUCAAGCGGUAUCAGGAUGCGUAUGCGAUUUCCCGCGGCGCGGGUGAUGAUGAGGAGUCGGCUAACCUUUGGUCUGCGGCUGAGGCCGAGUGGAAGACUGGGUCAAAGGCCUUUGCGUCGAAAUCAACAGCUGUCCGGUCCAGCUAUGAGCUUUACCGCAAGUAUCAGCGACACACUCUGGACGUGUGUCGUGGACUGUGGACCCGAUUUGACGUUCCCAGUAUGAUUCAAGGUGUUGUGCUUCUUGUCGGUGGCAUUGCGCUCCUUGUACUGUACGCCCGGGGAAUGAAGAACGACCGGACCGAGCUCACCUCCCAACUCUUGUCCUUUGCCGGCGUUGGUUCUGGGCUUGGUGCUGCUUCUGGUAGCAUUUUGGCCUUGUUUGGGUUUACGGAAAUGUCGACUCUCGACCUAUCCAUCUUGCUGGCUGCGGCUGGUAGCAUGGCCGGUGCGUUGAUUGCCAUGGUCAAGAAGCCUGCAAGCCUCACCUUGCCUCUGCCAAAUGGUAUGUGGGGAUGGCUCGCCGUGCUCUUCACCGUCUCUCAGUCCGUCGGGUAUGCCUCGAACUCCUAUACCAUCUGGGAAGACGAAAUCAUGCUCUUCUUCCUCACUACGUUCGGAGUGUGCGCUGGUAUUUCCUCGAUGCGACAAAAGACACCUACCGAUCGUGUUCUUGGUGUGUAUCACUCACUCCUCUUCGUGAUUAUCGGCCGUCUGGCAUCUUUCUCCCGUCUCUGCCGUGAAGAACAGAUGCCUUUCUGCCGCUCAACCUACUACGCUUCAUCGACCUCAUCCAUUUCCGCACCCUGGCAACUGGGUAUUCCAUUCUUGGUUACCCUGAUCUUGCCCGGCGUCAUUCGGGGCUUCUACGCCGGCUCCAAAUCCUACGAAGGCGCCGCCACCUUGUGGAUUGGCUUUGCAUUCCGCCUGGGUCUCCUCAUUACCUCCCUCUUCUGGAUGCUCGAAGGUGCCGACGACGGUGAAUGGCUUCCACUCAGCAAGGAAACCCUCAAGUCCGUCCGCGUCUUCCUCGCCCAACUAGUCCUCGCACUUGCUUUCGCCGCAGGCACAGGCGCAUACCUGUACUCGAAACCCUGCAUCAGCAUCAGCGUGAACAAGCCACAAGACGAUCCGAACGCACCACCCGCGCCUUUCAUCGCGGGCCAAGAGCAGAAGCCACGCACAACAGUUACGAUCCUCGGUUUUGGAAACGUCUACGGUACACGCUUCUUCUUCCUGGUCGUCAAUUUCGCAUUGGCUAUCAUCCUCCUGCAAAAGCCUAUGGGCCAAGGCGCCAUCGCUCUACUUGUUUGGCAAAUCCUUUCUCUCCUUGAAAUCCUCGACACAAACAACCUCACCCUCACAAGCUCCUCCAUCGGCCCCAUUGUCCUGGGCCUCCUCGGCUCCUUCUACUUCUUCAAAACAGGCCAUCAAGCCACACCCAGCAGCAUCCAAUGGGAAACUGCCUUCAUCCCCCUCUCUACCAUUAAAUACCCCUGGACCCCGCUGGUAGUCAUUCUCAACACCUUCGGCGCGCAAAUCCUCGCUGCCCUCGCUGUGCCAUUGACGGUUCUGUGGAAGCGACCGCUCCAAACACACGACCGCGUCUCGACUUCUCCGGCUGCGAAACUCGCGAACCCUGCGACGAAACUCCUCUCGGACGUCGUGCAGGCUGUUUGUACGCAUACCCUCUACCUUGCGACUAUCAACCUGGCCACGACGAUGUGGGCCGGUCAUCUCCGUCGCCACCUGAUGCUUUAUCGCAUCUUCAGCCCAAGAUUCAUGAUGGGUGCGGUUGUGUUGGCUGUUGUGGAUGUUGUUCUUAUGCUCUUUGCCGUUGGUGGUGUGCGGUGGAGCACGCUUAGUGUCGGGGAGAUCUUUGGGUGGUGA